GAGAAGCCUCAUUGCUGUGAGUAUCCAGGGUGCGGUAAGACAUUUGGUGAUUCGAGCAGUCUUGCGCGACAUCGAAGGACUCACACGGGAAAGCGACCAUACAAAUGCGAAGAUCCCGAAUGCGAGAAGACAUUUACACGACGAACGACAUUGACACAACACAUGCGAACGCAC